CUGAGGACAUAGCUGCAGCUGCUGCCUGGGAUCCAGAGGCGGGGAAGAGCCUGGAACUCUGAGGUGGGCUGUGAACUCUAAGAUGUCCUUGAGCAGCGGAGUUUCCGGAGGGAAAGGAGUGGAUGCGAACCCUGUUGAGACGUACGACAGUGGGGAUGAGUGGGACAUUGGAGUAGGGAACCUCAUCAUUGACCUGGACGCUGACUUGGAGAAGGACCAGCAGAAAUUGGAAAUGUCGGGCUCCAAAGAGGUGGGGUUGUCGGCGCCUAAUGCUGUGGCCACGUUGCCUGAUAACAUCAAGUUUGUGACUCCGGUGCCAGGCCCUCAGGGCAAGGAAGGCAAGUCCAAAUCCAAAAGGAGCAAGAGUGGCAAGGACAGUGGCAAGCCGGCCCCAGGAACCUCUCUGUUCACUCCUAGCGAGGGGGCCAGUGGCAAGAAGGAGGUUCAGGGACGCUCUGGGGAUGGCGCCAGUUCGGGCAGCCUGGUGGCUGCUGUCAUCCCGAAGGGCACUGAGAAGUCGGUUAAAGCAUCUCGCAGUGUGGCCAGCUCCAAAAAGGAGAAGGAGGGCAGCUCAUCCAAGAGCAAGAAGGAAAGGAGUGAGGGUGUGGGGGCUCCAUCAGAGAAGGAGCCCAGCGUGCUCCAGCCUCUCGCCCUGGCUGUGAGGGUGGGACAGUACGAUGCGGGCCAAGGGCCAGAACCUGCUGCAGCUGAGCAGCUCGGGAGUAUAGCUAUUGACACGGGAGCUGCGCUCAAUCCUUUGGGAGUUAAAUCGGAGAUGGAGGAGGGGGAAAGUGAGUGCCGGCAGCUGAAGAAGGUCAAAGCAGAGAAGAUGGAGUCUCCGAUCUCCACGCCUGCAGUGUUGCCCUUGCAUCUCCUGGUCCCAGUUGUCAAUAAUGACAUCUCAUCGCCAUGCGAGCAGAUCAUGGUACGCACUCGCUCUGUGGGGGUGAAUACCUGCGAUGUGGCAUUGGCUACCGAGCCGGAGUGUCUGGGUCCUUGCGAACCUGGCACCAGCGUCAACCUGGAGGGCAUCGUCUGGCAGGAGACGGAAGAUGGUAUGUUGGUGGUUAACGUGACCUGGAGGAACAAGACGUAUGUGGGUACGCUGCUGGAUUGCACGCAGCACGACUGGGCGCCCCCCAGGUUCUGCGACUCUCCCACCAGCGACCUGGAGAUGCGGAAUGGCCGGGGCAGAGGCAAGCGCAUGCGCCCCAAUAGCAACACGCCGGUGAACGAGGCGGCCGCUGCCUCGGACAGCAAAGGGACCAGCAACAGCAGCAAGACGCGGGCAGGGGCCAGCAGCAAAGGGCGCCGGGGGAGCCAGACCUCCUCAGAUCACCGCCCCCCACCCAGCAGCACUGCCGAGGAUGUGAAAGCCAGCCCCUCCUCAGUGACCAAGCGGAAAAGCAAGCCCCUUUCCGACAUGGAGCUCAACUCCAGCUCGGAGGACUCCAAGGGCAGCAAGCGCAUCCGCACCAACUCGAUGGGCUCAGCGGCCGCGCCCCCGGCUGGGGUCAAGGUGGAGCCUGUAGGCCUGGACAGGAACUGCCCCUCCCCCAUCCUCAUCGACUGCCCUCACCCCAACUGUAACAAGAAGUACAAGCACAUUAACGGGCUGAAGUACCACCAGGCCCACGCACACACGGAUGAUGACAGCAAGCCAGAGGCGGACGGGGACAGUGAGUGUGGCGAGGAGCUGCCCCUUCACGCCGAUGUCAGCAGCUGCAACGGCUCCCAGAAGGGCUCCCUCUCGCCAGCCCGAUCGGCCACACCCAAGGUGCGGCUGCUGGAGCCUCACAGUCCCUCCUCAUCCGGCAAGUUCAGCACCAAGGCCCCCUGCAAGAAGAAGCUGGGCGGGGAAGGCGACAUGGACCCCGGAGCCCUGUCCAAUGAUGGCUCCGAAGACGGCCCCUCGGUGGUGGACGAGACGAGCAACGAUGGUUUUGACGCACUAGAGAAGAGAUGCCUUGACAAGGAGAAGUGCAAGAAACCAGCUGGUGCUAAGCCUGACAAGCUCCCUUCCAAAAGCUUAAAGUCCGCCAGACCCAUUGCUCCCGCUAUUCCCCCACAGCAGAUCUACACCUUCCAGACGGCCACCUUCACUACAGCCAGCCCUGGCUCUUCUGCCGCCUUGACCGCCACCGUUGUCCAGGCCAUGCCCAGCAGCCCCCAGCUCAAGCCCAUCCAGCCAAAGCCCACGGUUAUGGGGGAGCCCUUCACGGUCAACCCCGCCCUGACCCCUUCCAAGGACAAGAAGAAGAAGGAUAAGAAGAAGAAGGAGUCCAAAGAGGUCGAAAACCCCCUAACUCCUGGGAAAGUCUGCAGAGCAGAGGAGGGCAAAAGUCCCUUCCGAGGGGAAUCGGGGGAGCUUGGGACCAAAGGGGAAGGUCUCCUGAAUGGUUCGUCUGACCCGCACCAGAGCCGGCUCGCCAGCAUCAAGGCCGAGGCGGAUAAGAUCUACAGCUUCACGGACAACGCGCCAAGCCCGUCCAUCGGGGGGGCCAGCAGGCUGGAGAAUGCUGCUGCCACCCCAGCUCAGCCCAUGACCCCGCUGCACGUGGUUACCCAGAACGGGGCGGAGGCAGGCUCGGUGAAAACCAAUAGCCCGGCCUAUUCGGACAUCUCGGAUGCGGGGGAGGAUGGGGAGGGCAAGCUGGAGAGCAUGAAGGCCAAGGACCCAGAGCAGCUGGUCAAGGAAGGCGCAAAGAAAGCGCUUUUCCCUCCCCAGGCGCAGAGCAAGGACUCCCCCUACUACCAAGGCUUUGAAGCAUAUUACUCCCCGGGCUACCCACAGUCAAGCCCUGGGCCCAUGAACCCUAGCAGCCAGGCUGCUGUGGAGAGCCAGCCCUUGAAGAUGAAGAAGGACGAGGAGCAAGAGAGCCCCGAGGUGAAGGUGAAGAGUGAAGGCUGCGAGGAGAAGAAGGUGGAGCUCAGCAGCUCCAGCCAGCAGCCUUCGGUCAUCCAGCAGCGCCCCAACAUGUACAUGCAGUCCCUCUACUAUAACCAGUACGCCUACGUGCCCCCCUACGGCUACAGCGAGCAAAGUUACCAUGCCCACCUGCUGAGCACCAGCCCAGUCUACCGGCAGCAGUACGAGGAGCAGCAGAAGCAAAGGCAGAGCCUGGAGCAGCAACAGCCCCGUGGGCUGGAAAAGAAAGCAGAGCUGGGCCUGAAGGAGAGGGAGGUGGCCCUCAAGGAGGACUGGAAGCAGAAGCCGUCCGUCCCUCCCACGCUCACCAAAGCCCCUAGCCUCACGGACCUGGUGAAAUCAGGGAUGAGCAAGGCCAAGGAGCCGGGAGCUGCUGAUAUGGCCAAGUCAGUGAUCAUCCCCAAGCUGGAGGACUCCUCCAAGCUCCCCAGCCAGGCAGCUGAGGGACUUAAGGUGAAGCUGGCCGAGGCCAGUCACCUGGGGAAGGAGGCGGCGGAGUCCAAAGCAGGCACGGAGUGCAGCAGGCAGGCAGACGUCGACCCCGUCCUCUGGUACAGACAGGAAGCAGAGCCCAGGAUGUGGACAUACGUUUAUCCCGCCAAGUACUCGGAGCUCAAGAGCGAGGAUGAAAGGUGGAAAGAGGAGAGGGAUAGGAAGUUGAAGGAAGAAAGGAGCCGAAGCAAGGAGGCCGGCCCUAAGGAGGAUGGGAAGGAGAGCACAAGCUCCGAAUGCAAACUGACAUCCCCCGAGGAGUCCCGCAUGGUGGGGAAAGACCCCAGACCCAGCAUCCACGUACCCGUGUCUUCACCCCUCACCCAGCAUCAGUCCUACAUCCCCUACAUGCACGGCUACUCCUACAGCCAGUCAUACGACCCCAACCACCCCAGCUACCGGGGCAUGCCCACCGUCAUGAUGCAGAACUACCCAGGAUCCUACCUGCCCUCCAGCUAUUCCUUCUCCCCAUAUGGCAGCAAGGCCUCCGGGAGCGAGGAUGGUGACAAGGCGCGAGCCAGCCCCAGCGUGAGCUGCAAACCCAGCUCAGAGUCCAAGGCCCUGGACAUCCUGCAGCAGCAUGCCAGCCACUACAAGAGCAAAUCUCCCACGAUCAGUGAGAAGGCGUCUCAAGAGAGGGAGCGUGGCGGCUGCGGGGUGGUCGGAGGGGGCGGAGGCUGCAGCAGCGUUGGCGGAGCAGCAGGAGGAGAAAGGAGCGUAGAUCGGCCCCGGACCUCCCCUUCCCAACGCCUGAUGUCAACACACCACCACCACCACCACCUAGGGUACUCCCUGCUGCCAGCCCAGUACAACCUGCCCUAUGCAACAGGUCUCUCUUCGACAGCCAUCGUGGCCAGUCAGCAGGGCUCUGCUCCCUCCUUGUACCCACCUCCCAGGAGGUGAGAAUGGACAUGCCAUGAUUGGAUAACGGAGUCUGUACCAAGUCAUGUGACUGGCUCACAUGAGGAAGCGCUGGAAAUUCCAUUAGACAUCAGUUGAAUGGUGUUAAUUGUUCUGUUUGACGUUCCUGCCCUAAUCUGAGGCAGACUUUCCUCUUCCCGAUGGGACACAUGGAGUCCCUGCCCCCUCCACGCCCCUUUCCUUGUGAACCAGGGAGCUGGAACCUACAGGAAUAUUUAUUCUACUGCCCACCGUCCCUGGGAAGGGAAGCGACCCACCUGCCUGGUGCAUAUGAAGAGGCAAUGGAAACAGAGAGGGUUUCCGGUGGAUUUGAUUCAGUGUCCCUCUGGAGGUCACUGCUUCGCCAAGGUCUGAGCAGCACAGCAGCACAGGACAUGGGGUGGAAAGGGAGUGCCAGCCAGGCCUGCUCAGCACGCAGCCCUCCCGCCAGCUGCACUUGGCUCCGUGGGAGUGCAGCCCAGAUUGCUACAGUCGAGUUGCCUGGCCCCAGAGUUGCAGUCCCAGGGAAGAAGGUUUAGAGCUCUUUUCAUUUGUAGUAGUGCUGAUAGAGUACCAGUGAGGAGCGUGGGGGUGCGUCUCUCUGGCGAGCGUGCGCCUACAGACGUCUCAAUGCGGUGUGAGGU